CUCCAUAUAGAGGAUUGACAUGAUAUAUAUUGAUUUAACAAACAUUACUGAUAUAUACCAACGUAUUUGAUGAACUGACAUAUUUAUGGAUUAAUAUAUACAUUAAAAUUAUUUAUUUAUUAGUGGUGGAUUGUAAUCAACAUAAAUAAUUACCUGAAAUCAUGCAACAAAAUAAGGUUUUCAACAAAAACGCGUCUUUAAAAUCAUCUGUAUCAAGGAUGCAUGCUAGAGACAAAACACACGAGCAAAGAAAACCGAAGAAAAAACGGAAAAACGAAUCUGCAGGUUACAGAAUGUCCUGCAAAAGAAUGUUCAUGAAAGUACUGCAACCGCGGCGCGAAUGUAAAUCUUGUACGUAUAUACCCGCACCUGUUCGGGAUACGAAUGUUCGGACAAUUAUAUGUUAUCCAUUGUCAGGAGCAGAUUAUUCGAAACCUCUUUUACCAGAAGAGACGUCACAUCCGACCCAAGUCAGCGGGCAGAAGGAUCGAGUACAGACGAAUACGUUUUCUCGAAUGGAAGAUCAAUAUCAUACAUCCAAGGAAACAACUCAAUUCUACGACACCCUGGAGCUGGUGCAGCACUAACAACUCAGGCUAAUCAGUUUUACAGAUUUGAACAUGAACUUACUCGCGAAGAGAGCAAUACUCGUCGAAACACAGAGCAAAAUAUAAGGAAGAGAUUUAUGAAACCUCCUCGGUAUCCGGAAUACACAGACUACGGUCAAAGGUUAAAGUCUUUCGCCAGAUGGUAUAAACAAAAGCCAGACCCUACAACACUAUGUAAUGCCGGUUUCUUUUUCACAAAUCAAGAAGACCUUGUUCGUUGCUAUCAGUGCGGGAUUGGUCUGAAGGACUUCUCCUUUGCGGACAAUCCACUGAACGAGCAUGUUAACAAUUCUCCUGAAUGUAUUUAUCUUGAAGAAUACCUUGGUCAAGACGUUCUGUCACAAAUCAAGAAGAAAGUAAUGAGUGAAGAUAUUCAGUUGUCUGUGAAUGAAACAUCCAGAUAUCGACAUCCGGAAUAUAGUUCCUACAAUAUAAGGCUGUCAUCGUUUAGUAAGUGGCCAAUGAGUUUGAUGCAAACUCCAGUACAACUUGCCGAAGCUGGACUUUACUAUACUGGUUUCGACGAUCACGUACGAUGUUUUGCAUGCGAUGGUGGGCUUAAAAAGUGGGACCCUGAGGACGAUCCCUGGACAGAGCAUUGUCGGUGGUUCCCAGAAUGUCCAUUUGUAUUAGAGAAUAAGGGAGAAGAGUAUGUCAAACUUGUGCAAACAGUUACCGCCCAUGAAAUACAGAAAAGGCUAGAAACUGAAGAGAAACCGGCAAAUACAUCAGCAGGCCCCGAUAUUUCGAGUGAAAUGGAACGCCUCACGUUCAAAGACCAUGAGUUUAAUGCGAAUAUUAACGACCAUAGAGAAACAUGUUUGGAAAUGGGGUAUAAAGAAAAGGAUUUUGAAAUUGCUGCAAGGAAAUUGGCAAGCAAGGGAAACGUCAAACCAACACUUAUAGAGAUCAUUGAUACUUUAGAGACUGGAGAAAAGGAUGAAGCAGGUGUUGACAAACCAGGAUCAAUGAAAGAAGAAAAUAUUCGCCUUAAGAGCCUGCUGUACUGUAUGACGUGUAAAGUUAACGCUGUGAAUGCAUUGUUUCUACCUUGUACUCACCAUAGAAUGUGUAUGAUAUGUGCCGAACAACUUGCAGAGUGCCCUGUUUGUAAAAGACAAAUUAGGCAAAAAAUCAAAACAUAUUUGGUUUAAAUACAUAUAUAAAUAUAUAUAUGAAAGUGACAAUUAAUUUAACCAUAUACAAAACAGUUUCUUCAUGUUUAAAUCAUUCAAAAGCAGUCUUAAGUGUUUAAAUGUUGAAUUCUGCUUUAGGGGGCGUGAACGCUAACUUGCAAUUUCAAGUACAGCGCAUGAACAGGCUCAGUCAAACUGAGCCUAAAUUUUUCCAAUUUUGCGGUGUAGGGAUUAUGUUUUUCUCUGUUUUAAUGGUAUUGACUGUAACUUGAAUUUACCAAUGCUGAGCCUGCAGCAUUUAAAGUUUGGGCGUGUUCAAAUUUUGACUUUUAAAAAUUUCAAUCAAGUUAUAAAAUAUGCACAAUUCUGAUCAUCCCUUUAAUACAUAUAAGGGUUUGAAGAUAACUGUGAUAUUUAUUGUGUAUUCCUUUUUCAAUUUUUGUGUGGGAUUAGAGAUUAUUCAUUUGUUUAUUUUGUUUUUGUUGAUUAUGUGUUUGAUUGUUUGUUGUUGUUUUUUUUGCUGUUUUGUUGGUUUACGCAUCUUUUAUUUUGUGUAUAUAUAUAUACUUGGUAUGCGCUUUCGUAUUGUAUAAGAUAUUAAGUUGUUAAUAUUGAAGGUUAAUUAUCUCAGUUAUGUUCAUCUUCCUUUAACUAAUGCCAAUUUAAAAUAAACUGUCGAUUGCUAGCAUUAAAGUAUAA